CCCUAUUCCAGUGUUGAAAAACUCUACCAUGCCAGUAUUUCUCACAACGCUUUAGUACGUUUUCGACAGUUUGCAGAUUUUUGGCGGCAAAUUGUUAUUUACAUUUAUUUAUUUUAUUUUUGCAAAACAGCACGGAAAUGGCAGACUCCGGCAAAGGAAAAGUGCUGCAAAAUACGGGUAAAUUCGUUAGCGAAAGCCGGACGGAAGGGGACGACUUCUUCAAUGAGGCGGGUUAUCGCCAAUCCCGGGAAAACGACAAAAUCGACUCAAAAUAUGGCUUUGAUCGGGUUAAAGACAGUCAGGAGCGGACGGGCUACCUCAUUAACAUGCACUCGAACGAAGUCUUGGAUGAGGACAGGAGACUCAUAGCCGCCCUGGAUCUUUUUUUCAUCCAAAUGGAUGGUUCCCGCUUCAAAUGCACGGUGGCUUAUCAACCAUAUUUGCUCAUUCGUCCAGAGGACAAUAUGCACCUGGAAGUGGCUCGAUUUCUGGGUCGCAAGUACUCCGGCCAAAUUUCCAGCUUGGAACACAUUACCAAAGAGGAUCUGGAUUUACCGAAUCAUCUUUCGGGCUUACAACAGCACUACAUAAAGUUAUCCUUCCUGAAUCAAACAGCCAUGACUAAAGUUAGAAGGGAACUAAUGUCAGCUGUGAGAAGGAACCAGGAGCGACAGAAAUCCAACACCUACUACAUGCAAAUGCUGGCUACCUCAUUGGCCCAAUCCUCAGCUGGUUCCGAGGAUGCUACGAUGGCCAAGAAACAGCAGGAUUACAUGGACUGCAUUGUGGACAUAAGGGAGCACGAUGUGCCCUACCACGUACGAGUAUCCAUUGAUUUGCGUAUUUUCUGUGGACAAUGGUAUAAUAUCAGGUGCAGAAGUGGCGUGGAACUGCCAAUCAUCACCUGCCGACCGGAUAUCCUGGACAGACCCGAACCCGUUGUCCUGGCCUUUGACAUAGAAACUACCAAGCUGCCCCUCAAGUUUCCCGAUGCUCAGACAGAUCAAGUUAUGAUGAUCUCCUACAUGAUUGAUGGUCAGGGUUAUCUAAUAACCAAUCGGGAGAUCAUCUCUUCCAAUGUAGAUGACUUUGAAUACACACCCAAGCCGGAGUUUGAGGGAAACUUUAUAGUUUUCAAUGAGGAGAACGAGAUGCAGCUGCUCCAGCGUUUCUUUGAUCAUAUUAUGGAGGUCCGACCACACAUCAUAGUUACGUACAACGGUGACUUCUUUGAUUGGCCCUUUGUGGAGACUCGAGCUGCUGUCUAUGAUCUGGACAUGAAGCAGGAGAUUGGCUUCUCUAAGUUUCGGGAAGGUAACUACCUAAGUCGUCCGUCUAUACACAUGGAUUGUCUGUGCUGGGUGAAGCGAGAUUCCUAUUUACCCGUUGGAUCUCAAGGUCUAAAGGCAGUGGCCAAGGCUAAAUUGCGCUACGAUCCCGUGGAACUAGAUCCGGAGGACAUGUGUCGGAUGGCAGUGGAGCAGCCUCAAGUGCUGGCCAAUUACUCUGUAUCCGAUGCCGUGGCCACUUACUAUUUGUACAUGAAGUAUGUUCAUCCGUUUAUCUUCGCCUUGAAUACGAUUAUUCCCAUGGAACCCGAUGAGAUCUUAAGGAAGGGUUCUGGCACACUCUGUGAGACUUUACUGAUGGUGGAGGCCUAUCAUGCCCAGAUCGUAUAUCCCAACAAGCAUCAGAGCGAGCUGAAUAAGCUCUCCAACGAGGGACAUGUACUGGAUUCGGAAACCUAUGUUGGUGGUCAUGUGGAGGCUUUGGAAUCCGGCGUAUUCCGUGCGGAUAUACCCUGCCGUUUUCGUCUAGAUCCAACAAUGGUUAAACAACUUCAGGAUCAGGUGGAUGCAGUUCUGAGACAUGCCAUUGAAGUGGAGGAGGGCAUUCCCCUAGAAAAGGUUUUGAAUCUGGAUGAAGUCCGCCAGGAGAUUGUGCAGGGAUUACAGGGCCUGCAUGAUAUACCCAAUCGCUUGGAGCAGCCUGUCAUCUAUCACUUGGAUGUGGGUGCUAUGUACCCCAACAUUAUCCUGACCAAUCGUCUGCAGCCUUCGGCCAUGGUCACUGAUCUGGAUUGCGCUGCCUGUGACUUUAAUAAGCCAGGAGUUCGCUGCAAACGCUCCAUGGAUUGGUUAUGGCGCGGUGAAAUGCUGCCCGCUUCCAGGAACGAAUUCCAACGCAUACAGCAGCAGCUGGAAACGGAGAAGUUUCCACCUCUCUUUCCUGGAGGACCACAACGUGCCUUUCAUGAGCUCUCCAAAGAGGAUCAAGCAGCGUACGAGAAGAAGCGUCUCACGGAUUACUGCCGCAAGGCUUACAAGAAAACCAAGCUGACCAAAUUAGAGACCCGCAAUUCAACCAUCUGCCAGAAGGAAAACAGCUUCUAUGUGGACACCGUUCGAGCUUUUCGAGAUCGCCGAUACGAGUACAAAGGUCUCACCAAAGUGGCAAAGGCUUCCGUAAAUGCUGCGGUGGCUUCUGGGGAUGCGGCUGAGAUUAAAGCAGCCAAGGGCAGAGAAGUGCUCUACGAUUCCCUGCAGUUGGCCCACAAGUGUAUCCUGAACUCUUUCUAUGGUUAUGUGAUGAGAAGAGGAGCCCGCUGGCAUUCCAUGCCUAUGGCAGGCAUUGUGUGUCUCACUGGUUCCAAUAUCAUCACCAAAGCCAGGGAAAUCAUCGAGAGAGUUGGUCGUCCUCUGGAGCUGGACACUGAUGGUAUAUGGUGUAUAUUACCUGGUUCAUUCCCGCAGGAGUUCACCAUUCAAACUAGCCAUGAGAAGAAAAAGAAGAUCAACAUAUCCUAUCCCAAUGCAGUACUGAAUACUAUGGUCAAAGAUCACUUCACCAAUGAUCAGUAUCACGAGUUGAGAAAGGAUAAGGAGGAUAAUCUGCCCAAGUACGAUAUUCGUGAUGAAAACUCAAUUUUCUUCGAGGUGGAUGGUCCUUACCUGGCCAUGGUCUUACCCGCUGCCAAAGAGGAAGGCAAGAAGCUAAAGAAACGAUAUGCAGUCUUCAAUUUCGAUGGUUCAUUGGCUGAACUUAAGGGUUUUGAGGUCAAGCGGCGUGGUGAACUGCAGCUGAUCAAGAAUUUCCAGAGUUCCGUCUUCGAAGCUUUCCUGGCGGGCAGCACCCUUGAGGAAUGUUAUGCAUCAGUGGCCAAGGUGGCAGAUUAUUGGCUGGAUGUGCUUUACAGUAGAGGAUCUAAUCUCCCAGAUUCUGAGCUUUUUGAACUGAUUUCGGAGAACAAGAGCAUGUCCAAGAAGCUAGAGGAGUAUGGCGCUCAAAAGAGUACCUCUAUUUCGACAGCCAAACGAUUGGCUGAGUUUCUGGGUGAGCAGAUGGUCAAAGAUGCGGGUCUGGCCUGCAAGUACAUCAUCUCAAAGAAACCCGAAGGCGCUCCUGUCACCGAAAGAGCCAUCCCUUUGGCGAUUUUCCAAUCCGAGCCAAGUGUAAGGCGUCAUCACUUGCGUCGCUGGCUUAAGGACAACACCAUGGGCGAUGCCGAUAUUCGUGAUGUACUCGAUUGGAAUUACUACAUAGAGAGAUUAGGUGGAACCAUACAGAAGAUCAUCACCAUUCCGGCAGCACUGCAGGGAUUGUCCAAUCCUGUGCCCAGGGUGCAACAUCCAGAUUGGUUGCACAAGAAAAUGUUGGAGAAGAACGAUGUCCUGAAGCAGCGUCGCAUCAACGAGAUGUUUACCAGCAGGCCCAAGCCGAAGCCUUUGGUUACAGAAGAGGAUAAACUGGGUGAUAUGGAAGACUUGGCUGGAAGAGAUGGCGGAGAAGAUGCUGCAGGUCGGCCCACGGUCACCAAAAGAAAGAGAGUGCAGAUAGACGAGAAUGAUGAAGAGGAGGAGCAACCACAGGCCACCACAUGGCGUCAGGCUUUGGGCGCUCCUCCACCCAUUGGUGAGACCAGAAAAUCCAUAAUAGAGUGGGUUAAAUUCCAGAAAAAGAAAUGGAAGUGGCAGCAGGAUCAGCGCCAACGCAGUCGUCAAGCCAGCAAACGAACCAGAGGCGAUGAACCUCCAGUGGUGAGAUCCACAGGAGCUACGGGUACUUUAGGAGGAUUCCUGAGACGAGCACAACGCACCCUAUUGGACCAACCCUGGCAGAUUGUGCAACUGGUGCCAGUCGAUGAUCUGGGACACUUUACCGUGUGGGCCUUGAUCGGUGAGGAGCUGCACAAGAUUAAGUUGACAGUGCCGAGGAUUUUCUAUGUUAAUCAGCGGAGUGCUGCUCCGCCUGAGGAGGGUCAACUUUGGCGUAAAGUUAAUCGAGUUCUGCCACGAUCCAGACCCGUUUUCAAUCUCUACAGAUAUAGUGUUCCGGAGCAACUCUUUCGUGAUAACUCUCUUGGAAUGUUAGCUGAUCUGGCCACCCCUGACAUCGAAGGUAUCUACGAGACACAGAUGACCCUGGAGUUCCGCGCUUUGAUGGAUAUGGGCUGCAUUUGUGGUGUACAACGGGAAGAGGCACGCCGUUUGGCCCAACUAGCCACCAAAGAUCUCGAAACCUUCAGUAUCGAGCAGUUGGAGCAGCGUCCACAGACACAGGUCAAGUAUCUGGCAAGCGCUAGCAACCGACUGCGCAAGAUCUACCUGUAUCAGCACAAUACUCCCACGGCCAAGAAGGAGAUCUGGUCAAUGAUCCUUAUGCCCAGCAAGAAGGCCUACAUCUUCGCCUUGGACACUGUACGAGCCAAUCAGAUGCCCAACAUGAGGCAGCUGUAUACAGCAGAACGAUUGGCUUUGCUCAAGAAUUUGACAGACGAAGAGAAGGAUAAGAUUCCCGUUGAGGAUUACACCUUUGAGGUGAUCAUAGAGGUGGAUGUCAAGCAGAUCUAUCGGCAUAUACAGCGGGCACUGACCACCUACAAGCAGGAGCAUCAGGGUCCUACCAUUUUGUGCCUUCAAACGGCGUUGGAGGCGCGAAAGCUAAGUCUGGCCAUGCCCAUUCUUUUGGAGUUCCCCCAGGCACAGAUCCACAUAUCCGAUGAUGCCAGUUUGUUGUCCGGCUUGGACUGGCAACGUCAGGGCUCCAGAGCAGUCAUCCGUCACUUUUUGAAUCUAAACAAUGUCCUCGAUUUAAUGUUGGAUCAAUGUCGGUACUUCCAUGUGCCCAUUGGCAAUAUGCCUCCAGAUACGGUGCUCUUUGGAGCGGAUCUAUUCUUUGCCCGACUGCUCCAGCGACAUAACUUUGUACUGUGGUGGUCAGCGAGCACCAGACCAGAUUUGGGUGGCCGUGAGGCGGAUGACAGUCGACUGCUGGCGGAAUUUGAGGAGAAUAUCAGUGUGGUGCAGAACAAAGCUGGUUUUUAUCCGGAUGUUUGCGUGGAGCUGGCGUUAGACAGCUUGGCGGUGAGUGCUCUGCUGCAAUCUACAAGGAUUCAGGAAAUGGAAGGUGCCUCCUCUGCCAUUACAUUUGAUGUGAUGCCACAGGUCUCUCUGGAGGAGAUGAUUGGCACAGUUCCGGCUGCGACAUUGCCCAGCUAUGAUGAAACGGCUCUGUGCUCAGCUGCCUUCCGAGUGAUGCGCUCCAUGGUGAAUGGUUGGCUGCGCGAGGUGUCCAUCAAUAGGAACAUCUUCUCCGACUUUCAGAUCGUUCACUUCUAUCGAUGGGUGCGCUCUAGUAAUGCCUUACUAUACGAUCCUGCUCUGAGAAGAUCCCUAAACAAUCUGAUGAGGAAAAUGUUCCUCCGGAUUAUAGCCGAGUUUAAGAGAUUGGGUGCCACCAUCGUAUAUGCGGAUUUCAACAGGAUCAUUCUUAGUUCCGGAAAGAAAUCUGUAACGGAUGCCCUGGGUUAUGUGGACUACAUCGUGCAGAGCUUAAGGAACAAGGAGAUGUUCCACUCCAUCCAGCUAAGCUUCGAGCAGUGCUGGAACUUUAUGCUCUGGAUGGAUCAGGCUAAUUUCUCAGGGAUAAGGGGUAAACUUCCUAAGGGUAUUGAUGAGACAGUGUCAUCUAUAGUAUCCACUACCAUGCGAAGGGAUACGGAACGAAAUGAAGACGAAGAGGAGGAUGAGGAAGAGGAUGCGGAAAACAGAGAUCUCGUUGAGAUCACCGAACCUGAGCAGGAGCAGGAGGAUGAACUUUCCCUGGAGCUGAACUGGACAAUUGGUGAACAUCUGCCGGAUGAAAACGAUUGUCGCGAGAAGUUUGAUUCCCUUUUGACCCUGUUCAUGCAAUCCCUGGCCGAAAGGAAGACCACCGAGCAGGCCAUCAAGGACAUCUCGCACUGCGCCUUCGACUUUAUCCUUAAGCUGCACAAGAACUAUGGCAAAGGAAAGCCCAGUCCGGGUCUAGAACUCAUCCGCACCCUGAUCAAGGCGUUGAGUGUGGACAAGACGCUUGCGGAGCAGAUCAACGAAUUGCGCCGGAAUAUGCUGCGUCUGGUUGGGAUUGGGGAGUUCUCUGAUAUGGCAGAAUGGGAGGAUCCCUGUGAUAGUCACAUCAUUAAUGAGGUUAUCUGUAAGGCCUGCAAUCAUUGUAGGGAUCUGGAUCUCUGCAAGGACAAACAUCGCGCCAUGAAGGACGGAGUUCCCGUUUGGCUCUGUGCUCAAUGCUAUGUGGCCUAUGAUAACGAGGAAAUCGAGAUGAGGAUGCUGGAUGCCCUGCAGCGCAAGAUGAUGUCCUAUGUGCUGCAGGACCUACGCUGUUCCCGCUGCAGCGAGAUCAAGCGAGAGAAUCUGGCAGAGUUUUGCACCUGUGCUGGUAAUUUUGUGCCCCUUAUCAGUGGCAAGGAUAUCAAAACACUACUGGGUACAUUUAGCAAGGUGGCCACCAACCAUAAGAUGCAGUUGCUCCAGCAGACGGUUCAACAGGCAUUAACAACUCCGCGAUAGAGUUGUAAGACAACUCUCAGAUUGUUAUUUUGUAGAUAUUAGGACUCGUUUGUAAGUUUUGCUUCUAAGUAUAAUAUAUCGUUAAUGGAAUUUUAA